AUGGAUGAACUUCGAACUAUGCUCGAACAAACAACGGCAGACUUCAUAUCCAAUCUCUUUACCAGGCCAAGAGAUGAUAACCUUAAUUAUAUUGGACACUCCGAGGAUACAUUGAGUCGAUUAAGACCGCAAAAGUCAACUAGAUCUUUAAAGACAAUAAAUUCAACGAAAUCCAAUGAACGAAAGCAUGACAUCAAGAGGUUACAACGUCGAUCGAACCUUUCGAACUUAACUGAUGAUUCUCAUAUCAUUUUGGGACAUUAUAAUGAUAACGCAGAAACAAUGAAUGCUGAUUCUGGAGAGGGUAGUUUUAGGAAGUUCAAAGAACGUGUUCGGGUCGCUGAAAGUCCAAGGGAGUCGGCAUUCACAUCGGCUAGGCCGCCAAGCCCCCAAACAUACCGAAAGAAUACAAUAACAAGUGAACCUAUAGAUAUUCCCGAGAAGUCGCGUCCUAAUCUUAGCAUCAAUACGACUGGAUUUACUGGAUCACCUAGAAAAAAUGCAUUUCAUUCGCACUUCAUUCCGCAAACCCAAUCUCCGGCAACUCCAAGCGAUUACACAUUUACCAAGAAAAAACACGAAAGCGUUGCCGCAAGCAGUUAUGAAUCUCAUUCCCCAUACAUCUCACUAUCACGAAAGUUGGCCCAAGUUAUAAUAAUUGAAGAUUUGACCGAUGCAAACGAAGUUAUAUAUGCAUUUAUAAUGGAAGAGGAAAUUGAUGAGUUAUCCAGAAGGAUGGAUCAAGUUACAGUACAUAAUGACAUGCAACGUUACAUGAGGGACGUGGUUGUUGGCUUGCGUACGCAUCGUUUAGUCAAGGGUGGUUUAACUGCUCGAGCAUCAAGUGACUUGGGGACACUUGUCAAGGCUUUGGCAGCCAUAUUCCAGCGAAAAUAUGCGACUCCAGAACUCGUAUUGUUUGCAAGUGAAAAGGUAUUUUCGCAUCGGUUGAUACUAAGAGACGUCAAAGAUGACAAAAGUAUCAUGUAUGGGACAAACUUAACGACAUUAUUAAGAGCAAGAAAACUUGCACCAAAGAUACCGACCCCUGGUGAUGUCGUCGCUGAUGUCUUGCAGGCAGUUUGGCCUCCCGUUUAA